AACGGUUCUGUAUCCCUGUAUCCCGUGUAUCCCCAGCGCGAGUGAAGAUGGCAUCCCGUAAAGAAACCCCGUCUGGAAAAACACUGGAUUCUCCCGUCAAACAAAUCCAGAUCGAAGGGCUGGUGGUGAUGAAGAUCAUCAAGCAUUACCAGGAGGAAGGCCAGGGCAGUGAGGUGGUGCAGGGGGUGUUGCUGGGGCUGGUGGUGGAGGACCGGCUCGAGAUCACAAACUGCUUCCCUUUCCCUCAACACACAGAGGACGAUGCGGACUUUGAUGAAGUUCAGUAUCAGAUGGAGAUGAUGAGGAGUUUGCGUCAUGUGAACAUCGAUCAUCUUCACGUGGGUUGGUACCAGUCCACCUUCUACGGGUCUUUUGUGAGCCGGGCUCUUCUGGACUCUCAGUUCAGUUACCAGCACGCCAUCGAGGAGUCCGUCGUGCUCAUCUACGAUCCUCUCAAGACGGCCCAGGGCUCUUUGUGUCUGAAAGCCUACAGGUUGACCCCCAAACUCAUGGAGAUCUGUAAAGAGAAGGACUUCUCAGCAGAGGGGCUGAAGAAAGCUAGCGUGGGAUUCGAGAAGAUGUUCGAGGAGGUGCCGAUUGUCAUCAAGAACUCUCAUCUCAUCAGCGUUCUCCUGUGGGAACUGGAGGACAAAUCCACUGCAGCCGAUAAACACGAGCUCCUCAACCUCUCCAGCAGUUCUCAUCUGGAGAAGAGCCUGCAGAUGCUGAUGGACCGCGUGGAUGACAUGAGUCAGGACAUCAUCAAGUACAACAACCACUGCCGGAGUCUGAGCAAACAGCAGCAGCAGAGACAUCAGUACGUUCAGAGACGCCAGCAGGAGAACACACAGAGACAGAGUCGAGGAGAGCCUUCUCUUCCAGAGGAAGAUCUGAGCAAGAUGUUCAAGCCUCCCCAGCCGCCUCCACGCAUGGACACGCUGCUCAUCGCCAGUCAAAUCAACACGUACUGCCAAACCAUUAAGGAGUUUACGUCUCAGAACCUGGGCAAGCUGUUCAUGGCUGAAGCUCUCCAAGGGCCGAGCGCCUAGACUGAAGAUCAGCAACACUCCUCCCUUCCCUUUACAGUACCUUUUCUCAUUUUAAUAUAUCCAAUUGGUUUGAUGUUUUUAUUUUCACCUUACCAGACCAA